AUGGCUCCCUCCAACACGCUGGUUGUCGAGUCGGAAAUAUCGGUGAACAAUCUCCACAAGUUGGAAGGAAAAUGGAAGGUAGUAACUAGAGAGGGCAUCUCCGAAACCGAGAAACAGGCCUACGAAAACAUCAUCAAGACUGUUACCACACAACCCAUCCGGGAAAUCGAUGAUCUACCAAUACCUUCGACUUGGGCAGAAAUCACUGCUCUCAAGAUCUUAUUCAAGAAUGACUUCCUUUUGUCCCGCCAUGCAGCUGUUGCCCAAGAAUUGUUCGCCAGGGUCGAACCUUCGGUAGAAAUAUAA